UGUGGGAAACUGAUUCGUAACCUAUUAUUUGUACAUAUUUAGUAAAAAAAAAUAAAAAAAUUAUCGUGAUUUCGAUUGAACCCGUAGAUCUUUCACUAGAUCCGCCUCUACUCCUAAUAAAAUAGCGGUUUAUUUACUGGUAUCUUAGAGCGGCCGGUAUGUUUUAAGGUGGGUUUUUUUUUUUUGGUGUCAUUUUCAUGAGACAUGGUAUCAUUAAUUAACAUUAAAAGCUGUUGUUGGUUGAUCAGUUGUAGAAGAUGACUUUGAUGACUUGGUCCAAUUGAUGACCUUUGUGGUGUUGUGAUUGUAUAUAUUUUGUGCAUUGAUUCAUUCUUUGCAUCUUAGUCUUUCUUUUUUUAUUUUUUAGCUUUUGUGUAUCAGGUCAUUGGAUCCUUUAUGUGUAUGACCAAGAAGAUUCUCCAUAGGUUUUUUGUAUCUAUCUUUUUAACUUUUUAUCUUUAUUUUCUUGUACAUGGAUUUGUUUAUAUGCGUGAAAGGGACUUCUUAUUAGUAAUUGAAAAUUGAAUAAUAUGCAAUGUAUGCAUGAAAAGUCAAAGAGGGUUUCUUUUGGACCACUUGUAUUACAUGAGACAAACAUUAUCUCCUCAAGAUCUUAAUAUAGGUACGGGGCAUACCACUAAAGUUACGGUGAGGCCUAGUUACCUUCUUUCUUAAUUAGAAAUUUCGAGUUUUUGAGAAUGAAAUUGGUUUUUGUAAGGGAGUAUUUUAUCCCAAAAUGGGAUUUCUCAAAAUAAAUUAGGACUAAUCCGACCCAAAAAUGAGUUACAGACAAUGAAGGGGAAACAAAAAAUUAGUACUAAGCAAGAAUACUGGCUAAGAAUAUACUAUUAGAUGUUAGUUCAUCUGUCUAUUCAUUUUAUGCAACAUUAUUACUUUUGAGAAAUCAAGAAAUAUCUUUAAUAAUGACUUUUUAAAUAUUUUUAAACUCGAAAAAUAGAUACUCUAAUUCACAUAUAAAAAAUUAAGUAAUUUUGAUUCCUGUACAGGAACGUUUUACAUAAAUAAGGGCGCAUAUAUAGUGGCACAUAUUAUGUGAGACCACCUCGGUUAUUGGGGAAGACAAACUGGAAAUCUUAACGGUGAUUAAAUGAUAUGGUCUUAAGAUGGAAAAAACUUACCCGCACCGGGUGUAUACACCCAACUCAGUUAAGUUAACCAUAGAUAAUAAACUAAGGCUUAAAAUCCUAUUUUUUAAUAAAGUAAAAAUUUAAAACAAGUAGCAAAAUUAACAACGUCACAUCAGUUAAGCUAGGGUUACCGUCAUUGAAUCAAUUUUCUUUGCUCAUUCCUCUUCUAGCAUUCUGCCUAUUCCGAAGCUUUGCAACAUUCUUGGAGCGGGUGGGGAUUUCAAAUUAAGCUUAUUAGGAAUAAGGAAAUUGGCUUCAAAUAGGUGAUUCCUUAUUAACUUCAUACGUAAGUUUAUAUGCAUGUAGAAAGAAGCUAUUAUCUAUAUAUGUUAUAUUUUAAUGAAUUAUCAAGCAUUCUUCUUAAUAAUCUGAAUCAGUUUCAACUAUUUGAUCAUCAAAUAUUAUAUACGAAUUUAAACCAAACAAGCAAAUGUCUCUUUCUGCUACUGCUUCCUUUUAUUUUCAAUUAGUAUUAGGUUAGUCUUUUAUAUUUUAUUUCAUGAACUUGAGGGAAUUUUGAUUAUUGUUGCAUGUAUGUUUCUCCUUUUCUAUGAUUAUGCAUGUUAUAAAUAUUUUUCUCCUUGUUUGAAAUAUUAGAAUGUCAACUUUUGAGAAGGCAAAUAAUGCUGAGAGUGACGAAGAAUUAUUAGAAGAUAUUAGAGCGGAAGAUGAGAAUGAGGAAAAAAAUCAAGAGGAAGUUUCAGAAGAUGUCAUAAUUGAAUUAGAAGGGAAAAUGAAAAAUCAAAUUGUUAAAGACGAGAAAGAGGCUUAUAUUUUAUAUUGUGAAUAUGCACAUUCCAAAGGUUUUAGUGUACGAAAGGAUAAGCAAUAUUAUUUUCAAGGUAGCGAAGUGGUUAGAGAAAAACGUUUCGUAUGCUAUAGGCAUGGGGAAAAAGAUGAAAGGCUAAGAAAAUCCAGUAAGGUGUCUUGCAAUCAUAUUGACACGCGAUCAAAAUGUCCUGCAAUGAUAAUCUUUAAGCGUCGAAUUCCUAGUAGUCCUUUCACAGUGGAUAGAUUUAUUAAAGAGCAUAACCAUGAGAUGGCUUCACCGAAAAAGAGACAUUUGCUAAAAUCAGCUCGUUCUAUAACUAAAGCCAAAAAGCUAGUUAUUGAAAAUAUGGUUAAUGCUGGUAUAAAGCCAACUGCAACCUAUUCUUACCUGGCAGAAGAAGCUGGAGGGGCUGAUGUUUUAGGCUAUUCAAAGAAAGAUUGUUUUAAUUUUAUAAACCAGUUGAUGAAAUCUAAGGUGGAAGUUGGGGAUGCUCAAAGUGUUGUUAAUGAAUUUAAUAAUAGACAAGCGAGUGAAAGUCUCUUUUAUUGGGAUGUUCAACUUGAUUCUGAAGGGCGUAUGGCUAACUUUUUCUGGAGAGAUGGUCGAUCUAGAAUUGACUAUGAGAUUUUUGGUGAUGUCGUUUCUUUUGAUACCACAUAUCGGACAAACAAGUAUCGUAUGAUUUGUGCACCAUUUAUUGGAAUAAAUCAUCACUGGCAGAAUAUAAUUUUUGGUUGUGCUUUUUUAUCUGAUGAGUCGGCAGAAUCUUUCAAAUGGUUAUUCUCUACAUUUUUAAAGUCAAUGGGAGGCAUUGCCCCGCAAACUAUUAUAACUGAUCAAGCUCAAGGAAUGGCAAUUGCUAUUAGAGAAGUGAUGUCUGGAACUAGACAUAGACUGUGUCAAUGGCACAUAUCCCAGAAUGCCCCAUCUCAUUUGGGCUCACUUAAUAAUGAUAAAGGUUUUUCUAAACUUUUCAACAAGUGUAUGUCAGAAUGUGAUUCUAUUACUGAGUUUGAAGAAACCUGGGAGAUGAUGCUGUUGAGAAUACUACACAGCAAUCAUCUGCAAGUACAUGGAAAUCAGGACGAAACUACAAUUGAAGUGUCAUAUCUUCACGGAGAAUGAUGUGAUACUAUGAUUUUGAGGCAUUUGGGCAGGAGAAGCUAGUCCUUUAAUUUUUAGAUAGUAGCAUACUUACACACAUUUGUAAAAGAUCCUUAAUUUCUUUUGUUGGAUGGUAAAAAUUUUUUAGAAAACUUUUGAUUGGUUCGUUGGUUAAAGCAGCCAAUAACAUAAUCAAAGUUGUAUUCUUGAUUUC